GUUUUAUAUUUGUUUAAGUUUUAAUUACAUAUAGUUUUAGAUUACACGAUGAACAAAAUACAUAAAUAUUUAAUUAUUUUAAGUGCAAUAAGUGUUUAUUUAUCUGAAUGUGAAAAAAUACCAAAGAGAAAAGUGGCUUGUAUCGAUGUGGAAAGUCCAGAGGCCAGUAAAUGUAGACCUCGAAAUACUACCGUUGAUAUUUUGGAAUUGUUAGUUAACGAAAAAGAUAGGAGGACCUACCCUUUAAUCUCUGGCGCUAAGAUGUAUACAGUAAUUUUACCUCGUUGUUCGGGUAAUUGUGACGACCAAGAAACAAGCUGUAUGCCAGUGAAACAUCAAAUUACAAAAGUAAAAAAGAAAAUCUGGAUAGAAGAGUCACAAAAAAAAUUUGUUGUAGAGUUAGUUAUGCACGAAGGUUGUGAAUGUGGCUGUGACAUAAAGGCAGAAGAUUGUAAUUCAAAUCAAGUAUAUAAUGAAGAUUCGUGUUCCUGCAGAUGUAAUAAAGAUAAGGUAAAGUGUACAGAAUACAUGACUUUAGAUGAAGGAGAAUGUAAAUGUAUUUGUCACAUGAAGCCAGAUGCUUGUAGUUAUGGAACUGAAUUUUAUCCAGACAUAUGCCAGUGUGGGAAAAUGAUGGCUAAUGGUCAUAUGGAACUAAUGAAAAAUGAUUAUGAAAAUGAAGUUUGAUAAUAGAUGGAAAUGCAAAAUUUCGACUUUAAACUUUGUAGUAGAUAAAUGAAUAAACGAAUUGUUUGUCAGUAAAAAAUCA